UUGACUGUAAUUUUUUCAAAUCUUUUUUAGAUUUGCUCUUCCUUCAGUCCCUUCAACUAUCUCGCCUCGCUAUGUGUCAUUUAAAUCCUCUGCGAUAUUGUCUAGCCCCAGUGGCUACAGCAUUUGCUGGUGUUACGAGAACUUACCAGCUUGCCUACUGCCAUACUGUUUUGGAGCGCAACGCUCGGCGAAAACUAGCCACAGUAUACGGCCACGACAAAUGUAUGCCCGAGGAGACGCUGGAAUCGUUUUUCCCAUUUGAUCCUUAUUUGCUAAAGCUAUCAAACAAGUAUAUUAAGAACAAUUACAUGGUUUACCAGUGCAAUGAUAAGGAUGACUAUAUGGAUGGCUCUACCAACGAGCCCCUUUAUAGAAAACGUGGUGACUCUGAAAUAAUAGAGGAAGACGAUUUUAUUGUAGCCAACAAAAGGCAAAAGCAUUUGGAACUUUCUAAAUGCCAAGAGUUUGACAAGCAAUUUCAUUUCGGAUCUUUCCCCGGAUUUAACUUAUAAGUCAUACCUAUUAAUGAACCGCAAUUCAUUAUAUAAAAAAUGUCGAUUUACCAUAUACAAUAUAAAUGACAAUUUUUAUAUCAAAACAAUGUAAUUCUGUUGGAGCUUACAUGUUCAAACAUACAAAAGUCACAUGGAUAAUUGUGCAAUUCAUGUUUGCAUGAAUGUAUGUGUACGAGAGGUAGACGCACAUUCCGAUGUCUUGGUUACCUAGGCAACCGCCUAAGGAAACGGGACUAUCGUGCUUCUUUUUCCUAUCUUCUCGUUGUUCUUUUUCUCUCUUGAUAUUCUCGUUCACUUCGAUUCUGGCGUUGAGAGCGUGCGGUUCACACAAUCUAA